AUAUUGGUGAUUUAAAGUUUUAGGGAUUUCAAUUUCGGGUUAAUCCGGUUUAAAUUUUCUAAUCGGGUUAUGAUAGAGUUGUUUUAGGUUUAAUUUGGUUAAGUCCUUUGUUAAUUUUUAAAACACAUAAUAUUAACCUAACUUUAAACUGCUAUUUGUCAGUUUUAGUUCGUUCUUAAACUUUGUGUGGUUUUGAGUUUCAAUCUUUCUGAUUGGGGUAGUAACGUAAUAUGUUUAGAUACUACAAUUGUGUGUAAUUAUGAAGAGAUUGAAAUAUUGUGUACAUUUGUUAUUAUACGAAAGUUUUGGUGUAAAAAUAAGUCGGUAGUCCGAAAAUUAAUUAGUAAUCUUUAAAGUGAAGCAUCUUCUUAAUCCAUGUGGUAAAAUGCAUUACGUCAUAGAGGAUGAUGGUACAUCCUAACGAACUAUUCGCACAAAAUGUUGAUUGCAAUUUAAGCAAACAAGUUAUUAAAAAAAAAUUGGUGUUCCAUAUGCUUUGCUUAUUAUUUACAAGUAUCAUUUUAAAGCUUCCAGAAACAAAAAGAAAAAAAACAGCAGUCAGAAUUGGAUGGCAGAAAUGUAAAUUCGAGCAAACCAUCGUUAGCUGACAAUGAAAUGCGAAACCCAAAGUCACGCUAGACUCGGCACUAGAGUCAAAAACCAAACAAGAGUCUUUCUUUAAGACUUUUCUUCAGUGACUCACAAAAACUCUCUCCUCCUUUCCUUCCUUUCUCACUUCCUGAUGAAAUCUCAUUCACCCAUCUCGUGAUUUCUUCUAAAGUCAAAUCUGGAGUCUCUCUAAUCCUUCUCCACGGUUUGAUUACUCCCCUCAAUCAAAAAGGAAUCAACUUUUUUCCCCAGAGGAGUUUAAGGAGAUUUGGAAAAUUUAGAGUUUUGUGUUGUUUAGGCUGCUUUAAGAGUUUGUGUUUUUUUAUUACUAGUUUGUGCCUAUGGAGACUCCUUGGAAGAAGCAGAGAUUGAAAGAUACGGCCUUAUGUCGUUUAGGGAUUCUCUUUGCAGUCACAGUCUCCUUAGUUCUCAUGUUGGUCUCUGUACCCAGAACAGCUUUAAACAACCCCUUCUCCGACAUUGAUUUUGCACCCAACCGUAACGUCUCACUGCUAAGUGUCGCCAGAGGUAAUCCAAUCUCGGUUAGGCUGCAUAGGAGGAACAGUUUCCCGCCGAGAAAUCUGGAUCUGUACCCGAAUCUAGGGAAAGACCGUGUGGUUAUCGUCUUGUACGUGCACAAUCGUCCUCAGUAUCUUCGAGUAACGGUUGAAAGCUUAUCCAAAGUCGAAGGGAUAAGCGAGACGUUGCUUAUCGUUAGCCACGACGGUUACUUCGAAGAGAUGAACAAGAUUGUGGAGAGUAUUAAGUUUUGUCAGGUGAAGCAGAUCUUCUCGCCUUACUCUCCUCAUAUAUUUAGAGGUAGUUUCCCUGGGACGACGGCGAAGGACUGCAAAAGCAAAGGUGAUAAGGAUUGUGAAGGCCAUCCGGAUCAGUAUGGGAACCACCGGUCUCCGAAGAUUGUUUCUUUGAAGCAUCACUGGUGGUGGAUGAUGAACACCGUGUGGGAUGGAUUGGAGGAGAGUAGAGAUCACGACGGUCACGUCCUUUUCAUUGAAGAAGAUCAUUUUCUUUUCCCUAAUGCUUACCGGAAUAUUCAGACUCUCGCGAGGGUGAAACGGGUGAAAUGUCCUGACUGUUUUGCUGCUAACUUGGCGCCGUCUGAUGUGAAGUCGAAGGGGGAAGGGUUUGAUAGUUUGGUGGCGGAGAGGAUGGGGAACGUUGGGUACUCUUUUAACAGAAGUGUGUGGGAGAAGAUACGCCACAAGGCGAGAGAGUUUUGUUUCUUUGAUGAUUAUAAUUGGGAUAUAACUAUGUGGGCGACGGUUUUCCCUUCGUUCGGUUCGCCUGUUUACACAUUGAGAGGGCCUAGGACGAGUGCGGUUCACUUUGGGAAAUGCGGGUUGCAUCAAGGUAGAGGAGGGGAAGGUGAUUGUAUGGAUAAUGGGGUCGUGAACAUUGAGGUUAAGGAAACGGAUAAAGUUGUGAACGUAAAGGAGGAAUGGGGAGUUCGGGUGUUUGAACAUCAGCCUGGUUAUAAAGCUGGUUUCAAAGGUUGGGGAGGUUGGGGAGACGAAAGGGAUCGGCGUUUGUGUUUGGAUUUUGCUACUAUGUAUCGUUUUACAAGCAGAGAUGCAUCUCCUUGAAUGAGCGUAGGGACUUCCGAGUAAACUAGUGGUGAUAUAAUCAGUAACUCUUUACUUUUCACGUGGUAUUGCGACACUACUGGCCUUUGGUUUCUUGUUGUAUUUUUAUUGUUAUGUUUUGUGUGUAUUAAUUGCUGUUUGUUUAGAUUUGGUUUGAGUUUUGUGUUUGCAAAAUCACUAAGGCAUGUUCUCUAGUGAAAAUGGCACACGGUUGGAACUCGGGUUCUCA